AGUCACUUUAAAUCGAGUCUGGUGACAGAUCGCUUUUUGCAGCACAAUGAAGCACUUUCAGCUGCUCGCGUUCUUCGCGGUUUGCAUUGCACUCGCUCCGGUAACUUCGGAGCCGAUAACGACGCCCUACAUUCCGUGCAAAGAACUGCAACCUCUCAGGACGCUCAACAUCCAACAGCUUGGUGGUGAAUGGAUCAUAAAGAAAUCCUACGCUGUGAGUGAAGAAGCGUCAUCUUUGGCUCAAACAAUUGCUAAACCGUCUCGGCAAUGCAUCAGCCAAGAAAUCUCUCAGAUUAGAGGCCCUUCGUUGGUUCUCUCCACCAUUGAUCCACAAUCCCCAAACAAUAAAAACUCCACCUCAUGCUUCGUCAAUGUGGCUCAGCAAGGUCUGUGGAGUUGCAGUCUGAAGGGACAAGAUGGAUUCGAUGUCAUGGUCGUUAUGGGUGAGCCCAACAGCUUCCUUCUCCUCGCGUCAGCAUGUGUCAGCGGCAAGUACUUCCCUGGCAUGGAGAGAUACCACCCUGCAAAAUUCGCCCCAGUCCUGUGGCUCUUCCAGAAGAAAGAUUCGACUCCACUCACGUCCGACAAAAUCAACGUGAUCGACCAGAGAGUUCAACAAAUUCUGCAAAGACCCCCAAUCCAGCGAGACAUCGAUUGUCUGCUGAGUGAUCGAUUCAAUGGUGAUGGGAAGCCGCUGAGCAACCAGGACCUCAACGAUUUCGAUAACCAGGACAUUGGCAUCAAUCGUCCUACCGGAAACGGCUUCCCCAACGCAAACAACAACGGACACCUGCCAGUGCCUGGAGGAAACCGAAGCACCAACCCUCACUUCGGAUCUCAGGGAGGCUCCACCGUGCUGAAACCCGGCAAUAAGCCUCAGACGGGAGUUGACUACGCCCAGCCUGGAAAUUCUGGCGCCCUCCAAAACAAGAAGCCGCAUCCCCCUGAGGUGCAAAAGGUCAUCGACAGCAUCAACAAUUGGUUCAAAAAUCCGAUUAAUAAGAAAAACAACGGGCAUAUUGACAACAGUAACAAUGGAGACUUCAACCACAACAAUGGCAACAGAAGACCUGGCUCAAACAACGGGAACGGAGAUUUCACCCCCAACAAUGGAAACAGAUUACCUGGCCACAACAAUGGGAACGGAGAUUUCGACCCCAACAAUGGAAAUAGAAGACCUGGCUCCAACAACGGGAACGGAGAUUUCGACCCCAACAAUGGCAACAGAAGACCUGGCCACAACAAUGGGAACGGAGAUUUCGACCCCAACAAUGGCAACCGAAGACCUGGCUCCAACAAUUGGAACGGAGAUUUCAACCCCAACAAUGGCAACAGAGGACCUGGCUCCAACAAUGGGAACAUAGGUUUCCCGAAUAAUAACAAUUUUAACUUUAGGAUUGGCGAGGGACAAGAGGAAAAAACGGAAGCCCCUGAGACCGAUGGAGCCAUCAGCGAAGCUACCGCCGCCACGCCUUUAGUAGAAGCCACUACCAUCAAGGCUACCACUCGCGCUAACAAUGGAAGAAGAUUUUAAAAACUAUUUCAAUACAUUGCAUGAAAAAUAAAAAAGUCAGCGUUUUUAGCAAAUCUA